AUGGCUGCCUCAUCCGAUGUCCAGGUUGUGCUUCUCGAUAUUGAAGGAACUGUCUGUGAGAUUAGUUUCGUCCGGGAUGUUCUGUUUCCUUACGCAUUGAGGGUCCUCCCAGAGAUUGUCAAGACACAAUGGGAUCACCCGAAAUUCAAGGAGUAUCGCAACUUUUUCCCUGUUGAAUACAAAGAUAAUCAAGACGCUUUUCAAGCUCAUGUGGUUGAUCUCGUGAGUCGCGAUGUCAAGAUCUCUUAUUUGAAGAAUCUUCAGGGGUAUCUCUGGGAAGAAGGCUACAGGUCAGGAGAGAUCAGGGCGCCUCUCUUUGCUGAUGUGCCUGGCAUGUUAUACAAAUGGCACGGGAAGAAGAUCAAGCUCAUGAUAUAUUCCUCGGGGUCUGUGCCGGCUCAGAAGCUGCUUUUUAAGCACACCAAUGCCGAAAACUCUUCAGAUCUGACAUUUCUGAUAUCAGACUGGUUUGAUACAGUCAAUGCCGGGCUUAAGACGGAACCGUCCAGUUACGAAAAGAUUGCAAGCAAGCAUCCCGAGUAUACACCUAACCAGUUCCUUUUCCUAAGCGACAAUGUGAAGGAGGUGGAGGCUGCUAUCGAGGCUGGCAUGCGCUCAGUCGUCGUGCAACGGCCCGGCAAUGCGGAACUAGCCUCUGAGGUCUACGACAAGCACGACGUUGUGGAAACUUUCGAGUCUAUCGAAGACGACUUCGCCAUCAGGAGACUACACGCGCUGGGCAAAAGAACAGCUGAUGAGGCUGCCAUAGAGGCUACCGAAACAGCUCACUUGCAACCGGCUGAAGCAUCCGGAGACAAUGCCCCUGACUCGAAGCGGCUCAAAACUUUGGGAAAUGGAGAGGUCGGUGCAAAGGGCGUUACCAAGACCGAAAAGCCAUCCAACGGCACCGAUGAAACGGAGGAGGAACCAUCGCGUAUGGAUCACCUACUUGCUCAGGCCGUCGGUGAAGCGCCCCCCACGCCUCAGGAGCCACCUGCUCCCAAGGGAUCGCCAAGAGUUGUGGAAUGA